CUCGAUUCCCUCGUGUUAAAGUGGAUAAUUGGAAUGAAAAUAACUUCAUUAAUGUACCAUUCACCGAGCGAACAAUUGAGCUCCAACAAAAGACUGUCGCAUGAUUGUUUGGUAGUUGUUUCAUGAAAAAUGUCAAACUCUGAUACUGGUGAGGGUUGCAUCAGUGAGGUUACACUAGCUAUCAGUAAAGCAAGGGGUUCUCAUCAGGCAAGUGCCAGAAGAGUGCUCGAUAGUCCAGACUCCGAUGAAUCCGGUAGAUCGCAAUCCUUCACAGUACAGAGUUAUGAUUACACGGAUCAUAGAUCACCGAGUAACAAUCAUAGCCUUGGGGAUUGUUCCUCGAUUCCUAUUACCUCAGAUGACCUCCGCAUACCCAUUGUUGGGUAUGAAGUUAUGGAGGAACGAGCUAGAUUCACAGUCUACAAACUCCGAGUUGAAUUGAAAAACGGUGAUUGCUGGUUUGUCUUCCGCAGAUACACGGACUUUGUUCGAUUGUUAUCUCAAUUACGAAGGCAGAAGCUGCCGAUUACUCAUCUGUCUCUACCGAGAAAAAAAUGGAUUGGAGAUAAUUUUGCGCCUAGCUUCCUCGAGGAGAGAAUUCGAGGACUCCAGGUGUUCGUUAACAAUCUCCUGGGGACUCCAGUGCUCGUUGGCAACAAAAGUGCUCGAGAAUUUUUCUGUCUCGAUGAACCACCAGCACUGUCUGACACCGCUGAAGAAGCACGUGCAAUUUUCGAGGCUCUAGAGGACACAAUUUAUCAGGUGAGACAGCAACUGAGGGAGAGGGAGGCCGAAUUGACAGCUGAACGAAAUAUUUCUAAUGAACUUAGACACAAACUUCAUCGCAUAAUGACUGAGACGCAGCAGUGCUCGAAAUGCAGUGCCUUGGACAAUCUCUGAUACCUUCCUCCAGUCCCCCAACAAAUGACAAUUAUAUUAUCUAUAAAAGACUCAAUUAUAUUUAUACGAGCGUAACAAUUCGUACUUCGAGCUGUCAAAGGCAUUUACAUUCACCUAUAUACACAAAAUACAUUAUCUGAUACAUAUCUUCGUUAUCGUUGUAAACAAGGUGUUGAGUAAUUUUUAUAAAAAAUUAUUUAAACGUAA